AGUACACUGUGUAGAACAAAAAGAUUAUAUGAACGUAUAACGUGGUCAUGUAUAAAUAAGAUAGCAUUUUGUCUUAUAAAUAAUUGUUGUAUUAAAAUAUAUUUUAAAUAUUUAAUUAUGGUUAACUCGUGUGUUGUUUGUUAUGCUAAUAGUGAUAACUCUAAAUCGGUUUCUUUCCAUAAAUUUCCACAGGAUGAAAUCAGGAAAAAAUUGUGGAUUAAAAUACUUGGCCUCAAAGAUCGUAAAAAACCCAUUACUAGAAGCCACAAAGUCUGUAGUAAACAUUUUUCACCGGAGAGUUUCAGCUUCAACUCUACUGAAAAAAAAAUAUUAUACUCGGAUGCGAUUCCAGUAAGCAUUGACCAAAUUAUAGAAGCUUUGCGGAUAGUUCGUCAGAGACACGAAGAAGUAUCCGAUUGUUCAUAUAUAGCACUGACUGAGUCAUAAUGUUAAAUAUUCUCUCCGGACUUAUUGAAGAUUAAUUUUGAUUUAAGCAAUAUCACCAAAACAUUACCACAUAAUUUUUUGCCAUAGGAUAAAUGUCACUGUAAUAAAAAUAGCAAAUAUUAUAACAAUAUUUAAUUUUCUAUGUAAUAUUAUAAUAA